UUGGCCCACCAAUCAAAAGUUGAACCCAAAACUAGCCCAAAACUCCCCCACCACAAAAAAAGCGGAAGGACCCAAUUCCUCCACAACAAGCGCUUGUUUCCCCGCUCCAAUUCCUCCCGCGCGGCGCUGCUCUCCAGGCGAGUUCAUCACUUCAUCCCCAGGAGCCACCUCCGUAGGGCGGCUUCUCCAGGAGAAAUGGCGGUCGGUGUCCUCGCCUUACAGGGUUCUUUUAACGAACACAUUUCCGCUCUCGGCCGAUUGGGGGUGAAGGGUGUGGAGAUUAGGAAGCCAGAGCAGCUUGAGAACGUCACCUCUCUCAUAAUUCCAGGUGGGGAAAGCACCACCAUGGCCAAGCUUGCUGAGUACCACAAUUUGUUUCCUGCUUUGCGCGAGUUUGUGAAAAUGGGGAAGCCAGUGUGGGGGACAUGUGCAGGUCUUAUCUUCUUGGCAGACAAAGCCGUCGGACAGAAACUUGGAGGUCAGGAGCUAGUUGGUGGCCUCGAUUGCACUGUCAAUAGAAAUUACUUUGGAAGUCAGAUUCAAAGCUUCGAGGCAGAGCUUUCCGUCCCAAAAAUUGUGAGUCAGGAAGGUGGGCCCGAAACAUUCCGAGGUGUGUUCAUCCGUGCUCCCGCUGUACUUGAAGUCGGACCAGGAGUCGAAGUAUUGGCUGAGUAUCCUGUCCCAUCUGCUAAUGUAUUGUAUUCCAGUUCCGGUGUUCAAAUCCAAGAGGAAAAUGCUGUCCCUGAGAAGAAAGUCCUUGUAGCAGUGAAGCAGGGGAACAUAUUGGGAACUGCCUUCCAUCCUGAGCUCACUGGAGAUACACGGUGGCACAGCUAUUUCCUUAAGAUGGCAAAUGAAUCUAGAGAAGGAACCUCAAGUACCCUUAUCCCUGCCAUUGAAGCAAAUGCGGCCAUUGGAGAAAGGCCGAGGAUUGACCUCCCAGUGUUCCAGUAGGGGCAGCGGCAUUGUCCUGUUUCUUAGUUACAGCGGAAGUUCCUUUUCUACCAGAAGAAACUGGCUUUUGUCUUUCACACAGAAACCCAGCUAUGCUUAUUCCUUCCUUUAGUUGGGGGAGUGGGAUUAGGGUUAGCCAAGAAUUCUGUCCUGAAAUGUACAUAAUCAGCUCAUUUGCUCUUCUUCUUUUGAAAUGAAUUCCUUGGCAAGGCCAAGCUGUGGAAAUUGAAUGCCGAGAUUUGCUAACAACAACAAUAAUAGAGGCUAAACAAGAGUCAUAUUUCAUCUU